GGGUAUUUAUAGCGAUAAAUCGAGAAGCAGUAGUUGCCCUUCGGUGGCGAAUUGGUCCGUACUGCCGCAGCCGGAGUUAUACGGAGGUAAAAAUGGCGUUUCCGGCGGCUACGGCGCUCACCGCUUCACGUUUUCCGAUUGCACCAUUCAAACAGAGAUUAUGUCGACCUGACGGUUCCUUCCUGAUCAAUGUCCACCGAAAACAUCUUUCUGUUGCGUGCUUUGCAAAGUUCCCAAGAAUGGAACACUUUCCGGAUUCUACUAAGUUUGUAACUUUCUUGAAUUAUACCAAGGAUAAAUUAUGGGAAUUCGUCCCUGGUUCAGUUAAACAAUUUCCAUGGAAGAACGCAACGAAUGUGGCCUUGCGCGACUUACAGGCUUUAGGCAAGAAGACACUGAAAUGGACUUUGCUGGCAUACUUUGCUCUUAGUUGCCCAUCCGACAUCGUAUACUCUCUCUCUGGAAACAAAGAUUUGAUGAUUCCUCUCGGCCUUAUUAUUGGAUGUGUUAUGGCCAAUUAUUUCGAUGACAUAUCGAAGGAAGUCAUGAGCAACUACAAGGGCGACAACGCCUUCACUUGGAAACUUGUUGGAUUAUCUUGCUUCUUUGUUCUUGUGAAAGCUUUCUCCUUUUAUGUUUUGAGAGCCAAUGAUUUGGUCUUACACGUCGGAAAUGGUGGAUUGAUGCAACUCCUGUGGAAUUGGAAAAAUUUACCGAAACUUGAGGAAGAAAACUCCUCGUCCGAAGAUGCCGUUGCCACCGCCAUAGCUAAAACUGAUGAUUAGAAUCAUUGUCCUAAAAAGAGGUUAUUUGCUCACACCUUCAUGAUUUUGAGACAUGUUAACUUAGGAACAAAGGGAUAAUUAUUCUGGCGUUUGGCAUUUGUGUAGAAUUACGAAGCAGCUUUGGCUUGUUACAUAUAUGUUGAGAAUUCUUGUUUUAUCGAUAGCACACUCCAUUAUACAUUUUAAUUUUAUAAUUAAUAUAUAUAGUAAUUUAUUUAUUAA